AUGUGUCCCUCCUACAGCGAUGAGGAGUACGAACAUAUGGAAAUGUCUGAAAUGACUGCGCGGCCGAUAUCGUCUCGUAGUCUAUUGCCACCUCGUCCGGGGUCUUUGACGUCGUCCGAAGAAUUCUACCGACCCAAUCCCCAAGAUUAUGUCCCGUAUUUCGCUGAGUCAGGUGUCAACUCCAGGGGAACAACGAGCCGGACGAGCAUCGAAGACACUUGGAUCAACACACAUCCUAAUUAUGUCCCCAUUGCUCCGGAGCCGGAUCAUGGCGUGUUGGAGGGAAUCGACAUAAAAUAUAAUCCGUUGGAAGGAGAUAUCCCACCACAAGACCUGGAUGAUGAUUUGGGCAUCGGAGCCGAGACCAACCUUGGUCAGCCUUUGGAUUCCUUUUUGCCUGCCCAGCAGCCUGUUCCCCGGCAAAUGCUGGGUAUGCCCGAUUCUGUUGAAUCCAUGCCACUAGUACCACAGCCACUUCAACAUGCCGUGCAUCAGGUGGUAAUUUCUUUGAACCAGGUCCUGGGCAGCGCAUACAACCUUGAUCAAAUCUCCCUGGGGCUGGAAGGCCUUGAUGUUAUCAAGAACUUCUUCGAAACUAAAAUCAUGCCGCCACCUCCCCCUUCUACUACGCCUUCCAGAACUCCAGACAGACACAAGUGCCCACUGUGUCAGCCUAAGCCAGGGUUGUCUAAGCAAGGCUUCGCAUUUGGAUCAUUCAAGCGUCACCUCGCUCUUCAUGGAAUCGGGCAAUGCGGAUACCCCUGCCCAGACCCGGACUGCAAGAAAAUAUCUCGUCGACGAGACCGAGCACAAACUCACUAUCAACAGUCUCACGGACACUAUGGGAAACCAGCUGAUACACCCUUAACUCCAGUCAAUUUCCCAUUCCCCUCACAAUGCCCCGUUUGUCACGAGAAGAUGUCCUCGUGGGAUGCUUUCUGGAAGCACUUCAAGGGGCACAGUAUCGUGCGUCAUGGCUCCGCCGGUCCUUCAACUAGUGGUGAUUCGAAUCGUCGCGAUUCAGAUGGCAAUAGGAACGGCGGAAAUGCGAAUGGGCCUAGCCAUAGUUCUGCAGCUGGACCCAGCAACUACCUCCGACAACAACCUCAAUCUGGAAAUUAUCUCCACCCUACCUCAUACCCUGGAAAUUCCAUGUGGCCUCAUGAUAGCACUCGUCAGUCACACUCGGUCCGGCGUGACCAGCUAAGCGAUGAGAGUCACUACGAGGGCAAUCCUUUCACUGAGAACCCCUCUGCUGCUCCAUUCAACCCAGGAAGACCCUUCUCAGCGGACCUGAUUCGACCAUCCAAUGGGUCUCCAUAUUUUCAGAGCCCAGGAUCAUCGCAAGCAGAUCAAUCCACAAAGCGUAAGCGCAAAGAUAAACAACCAAUGAAUCAUGAUUCAUCCAGCCCAAGAAAAUGCAAACGGUGUGACCAUGAUCUCGCCAAGUGUACGCAAUGCUGCUACCUUGUGGAACCUAUCCGUGGCUGUCACAAGUGCUCUGGAGACUCAGCAGGAUGUAUCCCGGUUCCUGCCCCUUCGCCAGUACCGAGCCAUAAUAUCCAAGGUCAAUCAUGUACAGUCAUUGAGCUGGACCAGAACUACUACAACUACAACUCAGACUUAUCUUUUCCAAACUUUGGACAAGGCCAUGAAGCGCAAUUCAUGCCGUACCCUUUUGAUACCAAUAUGCAAAAUCCUGGAACGCAGACACAAAUGCAAUCCUUCCCAAGUGAGUUAGACAGCUUUGACGGCGGCUCUCAAUCUCAAAGCCCGUUUAUUGGAGCGGCAAUGAUUGUCCCACAACACACACUGCUACGAGAUCCUGGCAGCGAAGUCAAAGAGCCAUACAUUUUCGAGUGUGAUUCCAAAUUGCUUCGAAUGAUUGGGCUUGACUCAUUCAUUGGUCCGCUUUCCAAGGUUCAACAUGAAUCAUACACCUCAGAAGCCCCAUUUGCUCCUCUUCCUACCUCGUUGUCAGAUAUCGUGCCAAAGACUAAGGAGCCACCAGCUGCUCGCAAGAGCCCUGAACUUAUAUCGCAAUGCAAUUGCCCAUGUGCCAGGCUUCCACUUGUGCAGUAUCAAGCCCAUGCUGGUGCCAAACUUUCUCCCCUCGAGCGUGUCGAAAUGACAUUCAAAAUGUCACCAGAUGACCCACAAGUCAGCCGUUCCCUUCGCACUCGGGUUCAGGUCUUUGUGAAACUCUUCCGAAUUCGUUCGAAAGUUGCUGAGAUCAGAUCAAAGAAGACAAUGAGAAGAUUGUCUAUCCAGCCUCGGACCGCGUCCAAUGAUGGCUACGAAGCUGGCUCUGAUACCGACUCCGCCCAUGAAGAUUCUCCUGCCUCAGCUUCUGACUCUGAGACUGUGACGCUGAUACAGUGGGGAGAAGACGUGCAAGAAUGGUGUUCCAGUCUUGAUGUUGGCCGGAUCAUUGGCAACUUAUCUCAGUGGGCCAGCGGCAUGAAUACCAACAUGCGCUCAGACAUAUUCUACUCCGACCCGGCAUGGAUAUUGGACUUUGUCUCUCUCUAUAUCAUGCACGAGUUCAUUUCCAACUUCAGGAUGACUUGGUAA